CUGGGGGAGCGGGGCUGGGGUUGGUUUACCGUCGCUUCCUUCCUUGUCUCGGCGGCUUUCGCUCCGGGGAUUCCUUCACAGCCAGCGCCGGGUGUCCCAAAGCCACCAUGUCCAGCAAGAAGGCCAAGACGAAGACCACCAAGAAGCGCCCUCAGCGCGCCACCUCCAACGUCUUCGCCAUGUUCGACCAGUCCCAGAUCCAGGAGUUCAAGGAGGCCUUCAACAUGAUUGACCAGAACAGGGAUGGCUUCAUUGACAAGGAGGACCUGCACGACAUGCUGGCCUCCCUCGGGAAGAACCCAACGGAUGAGUACCUGGAUGCCAUGAUGAACGAGGCCCCAGGCCCCAUCAACUUCACCAUGUUCCUCACCAUGUUUGGGGAGAAGCUGAACGGCACCGACCCCGAGGACGUCAUCAGGAACGCCUUCGCCUGCUUCGACGAGGAGGCCACAGGCUUCAUCCAGGAGGACUACCUGCGGGAGCUGCUGACCACCAUGGGCGACAGGUUCACGGACGAGGAGGUGGACGAGCUGUACCGGGAGGCUCCCAUCGACAAGAAGGGCAACUUCAACUACAUCGAGUUCACGCGCAUCCUCAAGCACGGCGCCCGCGACAAGGACGACUGAGCCCGCCCCCCGCCGCGCCCCCCGCUCUCUCCUCUCUCUGUUUCUUGCCAGCACCCGUUCUGCAACCAUUUUUCACCCUUCCUUCCAGCUUUUUCCCCUCUGAGGACUCUGGGGCUGCACCUCGGUGGCAGAAUGGUGGAGGUUGGAGCUGAUGAUCUCUGAAGGUCCCUUCUGACCUUAGGGUGCUGUGUGAGCUGGAAGCGUGGGCAGGGAGAGGGGACGCAAAGUGGUAGUGCAAACUGGAGCGCUGCACACGGACUGCGGCCCAGGAGGUGCCGCCCCAGCUGGAGGAGAAACUUCUCUGGUGCUGGAGGCCUGGAGCAGGCUGCCCAGAGAGAUUGUGGAGUCUCCUGGUGUGGAGAGCUUCCAACCCGCCCUGGGCGCUGUGCUGCUGCGCAAGCUGCUGGGGGGGCCCUGCUGCAGCAGGGGGGCUGGACCAAGUGAUCUCCACAGGUCACUUCCCACCCCACCACUCCACGAUCACAAGAAGCCCAGGUAAGGAUGCCAGAGCUGCUGCUCCCUACCCAGAUGAAUUUCCCCUGCCCAGCUCACAGCCUGCUCUGUGAAGCACAGCAUGCAGAUUUCUCACACUAGUUGCCCACUCUUUGUCUAACCAGAGCUGUAAAUAUUUUUGCAGUGCUGUUGUCACCUCUUCUGGCCUUAAAAAUAAAAGGUUGGUCACGCUGCUGGGGGUGCUCCAGCGCUU